AAGUCGGCGCCUUUUACGCACAGAACGUGUGCGCCUCUUACGCACGGGGACUGGCCACAGUGCGCCGGCGGCCACGUUACGUAAGCGCGCAGCCACGGCAGCAUUCAAACCGACUGCGAGGCUCCAGGAAACUUUUUGUGCAGUUUCAAAGUCCGAGAGCUUCCGCGUCUUCUCAGUCGAACUGUGCGCACUGCGGUGCCGACAUGUCGUCUUCCAGCAGCCUGUGUCUGAGCGAGGUCAGGAGGGUGGCCGUGUUCGGAGGGACGCACGGGAACGAAAUGUCCGGAGUGACGCUGGUAAACCUGUGGAAGAAAAACAGCGCUGAGAUCCAGAGGAGAGGGGUCGAGACCAAACCCUUCAUCACCAACCCGAAGGCUGUGGAGAAAUGCACCAGAUAUGUAGAGACGGACCUGAACCGAGCCUUCACCCAAGAGAAUCUCAGCGCCCCAAGUGGAAGUGACCUUCCCUACGAGGUGCAGAGAGCUCAGGAGAUCAACAGAAUAUUUGGACCAAAAGGAACCCCUGAGGCCUACGAUGUUAUUUUGACCUCCACAACAACGACGUCUAACAUGGGCUGCACUCUGAUUCUGGAAAGCUCCAAAGAUCACUUCAACCUGCAAAUGAUGAGCUACAUCAAGAAAGCUGUGGCUCCUGCCAGUUGUCUUGUUCUCCUGAAUGAACAUCCUCUUCUCAGAUACUGCUCUUCACGUUCGGUCGCCAAGCACCCCGUAGGUGUGGAAGUGGGUCCUCAGCCCCAGGGUGUGUUAAGGAGUAACAUCUUUGAAGCCAUGAGGGUAAUCCUAAAACAUGCGCUGGACUUCAUCGAACUCUUUAACAAAGGCGUUGAGUUCCCAUCCUGCACAGUGGAAGUGUUUUGCGUCUCAGAGACGAUCGACUACCCACGAGACCCAAUGGGAACAUCAUCGCCAUGGUUGCACCCCAACCUGCAGGAUUGUGACUGGGAGCCACUGAACCCCGGUGACCCUAUGUUCCAAACUUUUGACGGGAAAACCAUCCACUACCAAGGCUCCGGGACAGUCUACCCCACUUUUAUAAUGAGGCGGCCUAUUAUGAAAAACAACAGGCAUUUGUAA